AUUUCUCAAAAUAAAAAAUAUGAUGCGGAAUUAAAAUUAAAACCACCUCGUUUGAGAGGUUUUGACCUCCACUUGCUAAAUAAUAUUUUCUCAGCAUUCUCGCGCGAGAAAAUCGUAGUACUUGCCUGAGAAAAUGGCAGGAACGAAGGAAUUCGUGGAAGCGGACAAUGCAGAAGCCAUCAUAACCAGAAUCGAACACAAAUCUAGGAAAAUCGAGAGCUUACUCAAACAGCAUAAACCUAUCGAAGCUCUCAAAACUGCUCUCGAAGGUUCGCCUCCCAAUACAAGAGACGAGCGAUGCAAGUCUGCUAAUUGGAUAGUGGUGCAUAGAGCUAUGAUGGCAAUAAAAGAUGUGGAUUCAUUGUUCUCUUCUUUGGAUCCUGAGUACUAUGAUAUCCUCAUGAAGUACUUGUAUAGAGGAUUGUCUACUGGAGAUCGUCCCACAUGCGACCAAUGCCUGAGGAUUCAUGAAAAGCUGACAGAGAGAGCUGGUUUAGGCUGCAUACUGCGUUCCCUUGCAGAUACUGUGAAUACAGUUUGAUUUCUUCUAUCCUUGCAUCCUAAGAGAAGAUCUCUAGAUAAGAAAUUUAUGAUCAAUACUGGAGGUUUGGGUCGCCAUGAAGGGUUCGAAUGGCUGGACGUUAUAAAUAAAGAAAUUAUGAGAUGGAAUGGCUUGGAUUUACCCAAUGUUUGUUGUGGCAGUAUGAUCAAUACUGGAGGUUUAGGUCGCCAUGAAGGGUUCGAAUGGCUGGUCGUUAUAAAUAAAGAAAUUAUGAGAUGGAAAUGUAGAGAAAUUGUCUCACCUCCAUGUCUUGGGCAAAUCAUCUGUUGUGUGGUUAUGAAUGUGGAUAAUGUAUCUAUCUUUAUGUUAUUGCAUUGAAGUGACAUCAAAGGGGUAGGAUGCUUCAUUUUCUA